CUAAACCCAAAACGACGACGUCCUUUCUUAACUCUCGAAGAACUUACAAAUCAAAGCAUAAACCCUAACUUCAGUCGUCCUUUCAUUCCAGACGCUCCUCUACGGCACGUUAAACCCUGGUCGAGAAACUCUGCCCUCCAAAGAAACUGUUAUCGAACAAGAAUAUGGAUGUUAAUGAAAGCCUAAACUCCACUGCCACAACUGAUAAAUCCACCAAAAUCAGAUUCGAGUACGAGGAUGAUGAAUACAUAGAGGACGAAACCAUCGAAGAAGCCGCCACUGAGUGCUCGAAUCUGGAGGACGACUCUGUCAUGUGCAUGCCAGAUGAUUCCAAUACUGACAUCGAUAAGACCAGCGCGGAUUAUUAUUUCGAUUCCUAUGCGCACUUCGGUAUCCAUGAAGAAAUGUUAAAGGAUGCUGUAAGAACUAAAACGUACCAAUCUGUUAUUUAUAAGAAUCCCUUCCUUUUCAAGGAUAAGGUAGUCCUUGAUGUGGGUGCCGGGACAGGAAUCCUCUCGCUUUUUUGUGCUAAAGCUGGGGCUAAGCAUGUUUAUGCGGUCGAAUGUUCCAGCAUGGCUGAUAUGGCUGAGGAAAUUGUAAAGCUUAACAAUUUUUCAAAUGUGAUAACAGUUCUUAAGGGAAAGGUUGAAGAGAUUGAGCUGCCAGUUGCUCAAGUUGAUAUUAUUAUUUCUGAGUGGAUGGGAUAUUUUCUGGUCUAUGAAAACAUGUUGAACACUGUCCUAUACGCUCGUGACAAGUGGCUGGUCAAAGACGGACUUGUCCUGCCAGAUAUGGCCUCCCUCCAUUUGACAGCAAUUGAAGAUGCUGAUUACAAGGAAGACAAGAUUGAAUUUUGGAACAAUGUGUAUGGAUUUGAUAUGAGCUGCAUUAGGAAGCAAGCCUUAUCAGAACCUCUUGUUGACAUUGUGGAGCAGAAACAGAUUGUUACGAACUGCCAGUUACUCAAGACAAUGGAUAUCUCUAAGAUGGCUCCAGAGGAUGCUUCCUUCACCGCACCUUUUAAGCUUGUGGCAGAACGUGAUGACUAUAUCCAUGCUCUUGUUGCUUAUUUUGAUGUUUCUUUUACUAAAUGUCAUAAGUUGAUGGGCUUCUCUACAGGUUUGAUAUUUUAUCCUUGACUUUAUUUGCUAUUCCUAGCAUUUCUCGGAAUUUUAGUUGCCCUGAAUCUCUCUCGGGACAUGAUUAAAACUGGCUCAAAUCAUGCAAAAA